AUGGUGUCGACAGCAAUCACUCGUCCUGCCUCUCUGGUGGUGCGCUUCAUGCAAUGGUCCAGCGCCGUCAUCGUGAUGGGCAUCACCUCCUACUUCAUCAACAAGUGGCCGCAUACACAGCACACCAUCUACUGGGAAGUCAUCUCUACGAUGUCCGUUGUCUUCUUCCUGCCGGCUUUCCUUUCCCCCUUCAUGCCGACUCGUCUGAGCAGAUUCGUCUUGCCUAUUGACGUUAUCUUCUCCUAUCUGUGGUUGACCGCGUUCAUCUUCGCUGCACAAGACUACAACUGGCACAACUGCGCCGUCAAUGCUCCCCCCGGUGCUAGCUGCGCGCUCAAGAAGGCCAACGAGUCGUUCAUCUUCCUCGCCUUGUAA